AUGAAGACGGCGUGCGGGAAGCGCAAGGGCCCGUGCAGGCACUGUGGCACGGAGGAGACGCCUCUGUGGCGCGCGGGGCCCCCGGACAAGCCCACGCUGUGCAACGCGUGCGGCACCCGCUGGAAGACCAAGGGCUACCUCGACGCCGGCUACAUGCCCGGGCAGCGCCUCAAGCAGCAGAAGGCCAAAGAGGCGGGCUCCUCCGGCGACGACGGGCACCCCACGGACCAGGACCGCCCGACGGACGACACCACCGAGAUGAUCGCCAUGGACUCCUCCUUCGCCUCCCGCGGCGUCGGCAAGAAGGCCGGCGGGUACCUCCAGGCCGUCAAGACGCAGGAGGAGGCCCUCCAAAUCACAGGCGGGGUCUCGGGCAAGCGCGCGCGCCGGCAGCCCGCGUGGAUGCAGCAGGCCACCUCCAUGGCCCCGCACGGCCUGGCGCCCGAGGACGUGCACGACGAGAAGCGCCAGCGCUACGGCGGCGACAACCUCUUCGGCUACGGCGACCACCCCAGCGCGCUCUCGUGGGACCUGCCGCCGACGAACCACCCGCCCGAGCCGCAGCACGCGAACGGCAGCGUCUGGGACGACCUGCAGGCCAGCGCGUUCGAGCAGCUCCCGCCCCUCGGGAGCCUGAGUCCGCUGCUGGUGACGGGCCUGAACUCGGGCGGCAACAACACGCCGAGCCUCGGUCUGGGCCUGGGCCUGACCGGCGCCGCGGGGAUCGGCGCGCAGGCGGCGGCGUCCGGCCACGUGCCCGCGCACGCGCCGCUCGCGCACGGAGCGCUGGGCGGCACCCCGCACGUCGCUGCCCCGGCACCCACGCCGGGCGCGCAAAUCGCGACGGUGGCCGCGCACGCGCACGCGCAGGGCAGCAUGCCGCCGUCGGCCGCGGCGCGCCCGACGAACAAGGUCCUCGACAGGAAGCCGUACACGCAGCACGCCCUCACGAGCCAACACUCCCCCCUGGCUGACAUCGACCUCGCUGACAUCAUCAACCACGAGACCUUUCUGUGCUGUCUGAGCAUGGAGGAGCAGCAGUCUCUGCUGGCCAAGUUCGGCUCGCUGGCGGACCCGGCGUCGACGCUGCACCCGAGCCUGCAGGCGCCGCAGCGCGAGGACCUCAACCGGCGCCUCCGCGGCCUGUUCGAGUCGCAGGCCUUCCGCAAGCAGCUGAAGGACUUCCAGGAGCUGCUCAAGAGGGGUCUCUUCGACACCACGUCGGACGCGAACCCCGCCGCGACGGUGCAGCACUUCCUGCGCCUGCUCGAGGAGCCCAAGCCGCACGAGAACGGGUGGGACAACGCCCGCGGGUCCCGCAGCGGGAGCCAGCCGGCCGAGCACAAGCUGUCGGACGAGGAGCGCAAGAUGAUCGAGGGCCUGCGUCAGGUCGAGGCGCGCGCGAUGGAGGAGAUGCACCGCAGCCAGCAGCAGGAGAUGCAGGGGCCGAAGCUCGCGCAGACGCCGGUCGUCGCCCCGGAGGGCAGCCUGGCCGCGCUCAUUGGCAGCGCCGUUCCCGUGACGCCCCCCGGGCCGGGCCUCGAAUCACUGGCGCCCGGGGACCUGUCGCUGCCCGGCACGGGCGCGCCGCACGUGGGCGUGCUCGUCGGCGGGCAGCACGCGGCCCAGCACCAGAGCGCCCUGGGCGCCUACCACGGCACGAUGCAGCACCCGCAGCAGCACCUGCACGGCCACGUGGCGCACAUGCACGUGCCCUCGCACCACUACCCCGGCGGGCAGGCGAGCGCGUACGUCACGCACGGGGGCGUGUCUGGAUACGGCACGUACAGCGGAUAUGGGGGGAGUCAGUACUCGAGCGUGUACGGGGCGCCCACGGCAACGCACUCGCACGCACCGAUGCAGUCGGGCGGCGUGUGCGGGACGCAGGGUGCGUUGGCGGUGGCACAGGGCCCGCAGGUCGUGUACGGGUCGGCGCACGGCGCUGUGGACCCCAUGACGCGAGCGGGCCCCAUGGGCCUGUACGGCGCAUCGGUGGAUAUGAGCGCGCACAACAGGGCGCACGUCGGACAGUGA